AUGUCCGAGGUGCGGAAAUUCACCAAGAGGCUCAGCAAGCCCGGGACAGCGGCGGAGGUCCGGCAGAGCGUGUCGGAGGCUGUGAGGAGCACCGUGGAGCUCGUGGAACAGCCGAAGAUCAUCGAACCGCUCGACUAUGAGGCCGUGGUGUUUCAGAGGAAGGCUCAGAUCCACAGUGACCCCCACAGAGACCUGCUGCUCUGCCCCGUCGACGACGUCUCCGAGUCCCAGAUCUCCCGGCAGAGGAGGACAGUUGUUCCCUCGGUACCUCAGAACGCUGAGCAGGAGGCCAGGAGUCUGUUUGCUAAAGAGUGCAUCAAGAUGUACAACACUGACUGGCACGUUAUCAGCUACAAAUACGAGGCUUACUCCGGUGAUUUCCGCAUGUUGCCAAGCAAAGUCCUAAAGACAGACAAGCUGCCAGCUCAUGUGUUCGAGGUUGAUGAAGACGCCAAAGACGAGGACACUUCAUCGCUGUGCUCACAGAGGGGAGGCAUCUUGAAGCAGGGCUGGCUGCAGAAAGCCAACAUCAACAGCAGCCUGUCAGUCUCCAUGAGGGUGUUUAAACGGAGGUACUUCUACCUGUCUCAGCUCCCUGAUGGCUCCUACAUCCUCAACUCCUACAAAGACGAGAAGAACUUCAGGGAAACCAAGGGCUCCAUCUACCUGGACUCGUGCAUAGAUGUUGUUCAGAGUCCUAAGAUGCGGCGCAACGGCUUCGAGCUGAAGAUGCAGGACCGCUACAGCCACUUCCUGGCUGCUGACAGUGAAGCAGAGAUGGAGGAGUGGGUGGUGACGCUCAGACAGGCCCUGCAGAGCAGCACGGAGGCAGGCCAGGACAAGAGGAACGGAGCCGAGUCACUGGACUGUGCUGCAGAUGAUGACUCUUCGAGCCAAGGCAAAGGGGAGAGCCUGCAGGAUAACCAGGGGCGGAGCUUACACACUGAACUCAUGAAGUACGCGAGGGAAACAGAGCAGCUCAAUAAGAUCAACAGGAACGAAGGCAGACUGAAGCUUUUCUCCCUGGAUCCUGAAACACAGAGGCUGGACUUCUCGGGCAUCGAGCCAGACGUGAAGCCGUUCGAGGAGCGGUUCGGUCGGCGCAUCAUGGUCAGCUGCCACGACCUCACCUUCAGUCUGCAGGGCUGCGUUAACGAGAGGGCCGACGGAGUCCUCACCAACGUGGAGCCGUUCUUCAUCAGCCUCGCCCUCUUCGACGUCUCCAAGAGCUGCAAGAUCUCAGCCGACUUCCACGUGGACCUGAACCCGCCAUGCGUCCGGGAGAUGCUGCUCACUGAC